UUUGUUUUGUCUCAUUUUUAUUUCUUCAAACAGAAAUUGUUGGACUCUCAAAAUUACCAACAAGCUGAGCAGACAUCUAGUGAUGAUUAUCAAGUUCAAAGGAUAUCAAUGAAGAUCAGAUUAAAAUUUAGGAAAUUUCAGAAUGUCCUCAAUACAAAUCGUCGCACCAUAGAAUCCUUGUACAGACAGCACAGGACAUCUUCUAUUUCAUCCAGUGUAGAUUGCUGUACGCUGUCAAAGUCUAAGCAAAGGUACAACUCAAAUUUUGGUGCGAAUAUCUCCCGAGAUACUGCCUGUGAAAUCUCCUGUCUAUCGACUCCCCCCGGGGCUUUCAUACCUACAAAGAACCUAACACAAGCCUUCAAGCGUCAGCUGCUCAGCAACCCGACCCUCAAAUGGCAGUAUUUCAGUUCGGAGGCCGGCAUCCACGCCAUCUUCCCCGCUACACCGUACCUGGAAACGCACAAGUACGCCGAUCAGUGCACGGUAGAUGUCCGCAGCAAGAACCUGUAUGCGUCAACUGUUAGACCAGAGUCUAUUAAUGUCGUAAUCAUCUUAGAUCACGGUUCAUCUAUCAGUCCUGUAUCGCUUGACAUAGCACAGAAAGCUGCCAAGACUGCCCUUGGAGCACUCUCACGGAAAGAUAAGGUUGGUGUCCUGAGCAUGGGCUCUGAAGUUACAAUCAGCCAACCGGGGAGUUGCUAUGACGACAUACUGGCUCCGGCCUCGGCGGAAGUCAAAGAGCAUCUGAUCAAGUUUAUUAAUGGCAUCAAGGCUAUAAAUGGUCCUUCCAAUCACACCUCAGCUCUUAGGAUAGCAUUUGAUCUGAUACAAAGAACAACAUCUCCUGUACCGGUCAAUGAAUCUAAACCAGACUCAGUAAUCCUGUACAUUAGUACUGGCCAUGCUAGCAAUCAGGAGGAGGUGAAAACAGCCAUUAAUAUCGCCAUCUCAGAGAACAGGAGACUCAAUAACAGAGUGGCCAUCAUGACAUAUGCCUUGGUAGAAGAGGGUCGAACUGGUUUGGAAGAGCUAGCCUUCUUACGUGACCUAGCUGAGCAAGACAACGGAACCUACAGAGCUGUGUCUAGUGACUCUGAUCUCCCACCUGUUCAGAUUGGUAUGAUGACGGUCCUGAACCAGCUGAGCCACCUAGCGUCUACUGUCGGUAGAUUCUAUACAGUAUUACCUGAGGAAGCUUCUCAAGCGCCGGUAUCAUUCUCUCUACCUUAUAUGGAUUCCACAGGAACAGGAUUGAUAAUGAGUCUGACCAGACCAUGUUAUGCCAAUGAUCAGGUACUGGGUAUUGUUGGUCUGGAUAUCAACAUGGCAGACGUCCUAGAAGAUGUGACAUACUUUGAAGAGGGAGAUCGCUCUUAUGCCUUCCUGAUAGACCAUAAUGGUCUUGCCGUCAUGCAUCCGUCACUACCAAAGCCCUCUCUUGUCACGGAACAACCAAUCUUUACCAGCAUCAAACAUUUUGAACAGUCCGUUGGGUUUGACAAGCUCCAAGAAGUCAUGCUCAGGGAGGAAACAGGAAGUGCCGUCCUUCCCAUCUCAGAGAACUGCACAACACAAGCCAAGUACUCCUGGAAACAUAUUGAAGGAACUCCAUUUACAGUGUGUACUGUGAUCUUAUCACAGUACAAAGAUAUACUCAACCUCAGGCAUACAAAUGUGCCCUCUGGAGACAGUCUGAUGUAUCAUCGUUUAGAUCUGCUGCCCUCUUCCAAUAUGUGUAUGCAUCUCAAGCAACUUGCUACUAUGGAUGGUACAAGUCUGUUGCUAUCAGCCGGCAGCUUUGCCUCUCCGUAUGAACACUUGAGUCAAGAGGAAACCAAGCUAGUAGUCCAGGCCUAUGUGGCCUACCUCAGUGAUAACACUAGGCUCAUCGCUAAUCCUGGUCUAAAGCCAACAAUAAAGAAUGAUGUGGCAGCGACCAGAGCCAUAGAGAAGACCUGGCUGAAACAGAUACUUAAGAGUGACAUCAAUGAAUACAUUAUAAGAAGGUAUGUUGCUACUACUAGUGGUGCUGUCUGGAUAUAUCCUGGUACAUUGAUGCCUAAGACCUUUGACCCUGCUCGAAGACCUUGGUAUAAGAGAGCCCUUGAGAACCCAGGUCGAAUCACACUAUCCUCACCAUACCUUGACAAUGGGGGCGCUGGUUACAUCGUCACACUCAGUCGAGUCAUCUUUGAAGGGAGGUCCAGCGGAUACCACACUGAGAGUGAUCAUGUUGUAGCCGUCAUGGGUAUAGAUAUCACCUUGCCGUAUUUCUAUCAGCUUCUACUGGAUACACUACCCGUUUGUGAAGAGGAACAUAUCAGAUGUUUUGUGAUGGAUGAGAGGGGAUACCUAGUUGCCCAUCCUUACUUUGUUGAACCUCUAGGAAGAGGGCCUAUGGAGAAACAACACAUUACACAUCAGGAGAUCCUGAUAUCCAACGAUGUCCUCUACCACACCGACUUUGUCCAGAAGCUACGUUGCAACCGCUUCGGCAACCGCACCGUCCAGCGCUACUACUCCUUCAACACCAGCUACCAGGACGGUGUGGUGGCCAAUAAGUUCCACUCAGAGCAUUGCAUCCAGUAUAAGAUGACCCCUAUACCUUUCAGCAACACAUUUGUGGGCGUGGUCAACGAGACAUGUGACUUUGUGACUGCAUUCUGCCCUUGUAGCAUGACCGAUAGGCUUUGUCUAAACUGUCAUCGAAUGGAGCAAGAGGAAUGUGAAUGUCCGUGUGAAUGUGCACUAGAUCUGGAUGCGUGCACUGGAGAUAUACUGAACAAAGAAGAUGAUAGUAACCCAAGUUGUCCAGGAAUGGAAGAGAACUCAGGAUUACCAGAACUAGAUGAAGACAUGACCAAAGACCUUCCUCAGUGCUUGGACUUCCAGUGUGGUCAGAGAACUACCUUAGGGACAUGCCGUGGAGUGUUAGAUUGCGAAUGGUGCGAGUACGGUCAAGAUGGGAGUUCACUUCUCAAAGAUCCAUACUGCGCUACUCAAAGAGAGUGCUUCGGUGGGGUGCUAGGUGCUCCUACACCGUAUGGUGAUCAGAUUGUUGUCGCACGUCGUUCCUACACCUUCGAGACCAACGCCAAUGCCCAUGUGGGUCCCGUCGCAGGAGCCCUCCUGGCUGUCAUCCUGUCCUUGGCCCUUGUCAUCUACAUCUACCGUCAUCACGUUCACAAUCAGGAGAGAAGGAGACGUGAGAUGGCCCAGCAAGGAUCCGAUACCUCCGUCAGGAUGACGCAGGGGGAUGGAGAUGGAGCCGAUGGGGUGGAGCCGGAUGCAGGAGCUGGAGGGAGCAAUCCGCCCGAUAACCAGCCUCCCCCUGGAGCAUAUGGCCAGGGUAAUAUCAUACUGGCUGCCUUGCAUCACCCAAGCCCGUACCAUCAGCGCAUUCGCCAUGGCAUCCGUAUCUGGCGCCGACAAGGUCAAGCACCGAGUGAAAGUGACCACGGGUACAGCACCAUGACGCCGCACGAGGACAGUGAAUACCAGUACGUGGAACCGGAUCCCGUGGUGGCAUCGCCGGAAAGAAACAUUGUGGAUCCUCCCCCGGGAAUGUUGCAUGUGGACAGGUCGUCCGAACUUCCCAGUGUCACUUGUAGAACUGCGCUUCUAGAGCGGGAUUGCAGCCCGCCCUCUUGUGACAACCCCUUGUCGCAAUCAAUAGUGCCAAAGAUCGAACCUCCCCCUCAAACAGUAUUACCGCGGAGAUCUCAUCACAUGCGCACAAGAGCUCAGGUCCAUUCUGUCGAUACGACCUGUUAGCGAUGACUCCGAAAGCAUUGACUUCUCGAAGACUUGUAAAAUCUAGAAGAGUAUAAGCGUUAUUGUAUAUUUAUCUUGUAUUUUGUAAAUACAAACCCACCCCGUGUAAGGAGGAGGUGAUUGCCAAAGUAUUAUCUCGUGAGAAACUUGGAAGGACCAUAAAUACUGGAUUAGACCAUUGUUGGAUCAUUGUUAUAGCGUCGUAGCUUGCUGACGUAGUAUCACAUGUUGAGACGGCUCGAGAAGCAGCAGUGUGUUGACAGUGACUUCAGUAGCAUUGACGUGAAUCCUGAAAGUUUAUAAAUAAUAGGAACUGUGGAGUUUAUAUUUAUGCAGUCUUACUGGUGCUUGCUAGACCUACGUAAUUUUAGUACGCAGCAUGGGCGAAAUCAACAGGACAUUGUGACUUAAUGCUUUUUGGAUUGUUUGUCAUUUGUUUGAUGCCAUGUUUUUUUCUAUUUCUGCCAUACAAAUGCUUUGUUUCAUCAUUUUUGUUAUUGUCAAUCCCUUUGUCGUCAUCAUCAUCCUCGCCAUUGCCAUAAUAAUCAUCAUCGUUGUCAUCAUUAUCAUCAUCAUCGUCACCAUCAUUGUCAUCACCAUCAUCAUCAACAUCAUCAUCAUGAACCUCAUCAUCAUCAUCAUUGCCAUUGACAUCGCCAUUGUCUAAUUGGAAUGUUCCUUUGAAAAUAUCUUGAUGCUCUUGGUUGUAGAACACCUUGCUAAUUAGAAAAGAAUAACCUACAACCAAAGUAGAUUAUAAAAUUUGGAGUCCUUUUUAAAACUAGAGGCAACAUCAAUUUGAAAAUAAAGGUACUUCAUAUUUAUGUAUUCAUUCAUAUUUCUUAAUUCAGCCAUGAAAUGAUAUCAAAAUAUUUAAUGAAUUUUUUGUAAAUUCUAAUUUAUACCGUAAGUUUGGGAUGUUGGUGAUUGGUGGAUGUGUUCCAAACUUGGGUAAAUUUGGAAUGAGAUAUAGCCAUUCAAUAUCCACCUUUACUUGCAGUAUAUUACAGACGAACAAUGAAAGCACACUUGAAAUUUAGUUUAGCCUCAACUUUUCCUUGAAUGGAAAUGACCAAACGAUCCAUCUCAUGUCAUAAUAGCUGUGUAUUAUCAGUGUAUGUGGAGGUAUUUGCCAAAAAGGACCAAAUCUUUUAAUUCAUUGUUUAUAUUUUGAUCUUCAAAUUGCCAACUGUGAAUUGCAUAAAGGGCAGGAGAUGCACAUGUAUUAAAUGAAAGAAAUUAAGUGGGGUGUGUCGGGUUCUUGUGCAUGAAAUCCUGCCAUUAGAAUACUACCAUGUCAUACCUCAUAAGCAUAAUCUAUUUGAUCAUAAAGCUAGUUGAAUUUGGUUUAGAUAUUCUUGGUUUAACACCAAUUUUGACUUGUAUUUAUUGAAAGAACAUCAGAAUUAGAUUGCUUAUCAUCAAUAAACGGCAUAUUAGGAUCGUUUUCACCGAUUUGAUCUAUAUCGUUUUUAGUGGGAAGAAAGAAAUUAUCCAGGCUUCCAAAAGCAAAUACUUAGUGAGGUGAUAAGAACUUAAAUUUCAUUAAGAAAAGAGGGGUUUUCCAAUUGAAUAGGUAAUUUGUCAGGUUAUGUCCUGUUAUAUUUUGAAAUCCUGGCCGUUUAGAUCCAAGUAGAAGCCAUUUUUUACACAUUUUAUGGAAGAUGAUCUCAUUUGUUGUAAGAGAACUUAUGUUGAGAUUCAAGAUCUUAGUACCUCAGUUUCACAGAAAAGGUACUUGGUUUUCUUCUUGUGAAAUAUAAUUCUAAGUUAAAACUUGUUCAUGAUAACAUAGAUGAUUUGAAAUAUGUGAUCUCAUGUAUCUCCAUUCUUCCAUAUUGCUAUGCAUUUUUUGUUUGCAAUAUUCGUUUUCACUCACUCUCAAAACAGUCAUCAAACCUGCCAAAAUAAGCAGUUAUUCUUUUUUGCUAUUUUUGUACAGUUUAUUUAAUACAUGUCUAUAUUUUGUAUAUUUUUUUUUGUAUUUGGUCAUUUGGAAAAGCGCAUGCUGUUGAACAGUACCGUGAUUUUUCAGUCACUCCAAGUACUAUCUACCUAAUACAAUGCUAUGUACGUGCUAGAUCAUAGAAACUUAUUUUGCCAAAUUUGUGUCAUGUUUUUGUAUGUUAAAUUAUGGUUGUACAUAAUAUUUGUAAAAAAAAGGGAGAUAGAAAAUAGAAAUUUCUCAUAGUUUUGUAAUCCCACCGUGACAUGAGUAGUAAAGUUUGUAAUUCUAUUGAUUAUACUUUGCCAAAUACUUGUACUGUUUAUGGAAUGUUACCGACAUUGACAUGUGAUAUAUACAAACUAAUCAUAACUAAGAAAUAUAAAUAUAGUUUCAAACUGCAGUUUAAAUUUCUUUAUAUUGAUUUUUCUCUUGUCAUGUACCCAGUCAAGAUAUGUCCUCGUUCUAGUAUUUUGUCGUCAUGAUGAGUGUACAUCUAACAAAAAAUCCCAGCAAACAAUAAGUCCAUUCAAAAUAUGAAAAAUGGUGGUUAAAUCCAAAACAAAUUCCAACAGAAACUAUUUUUUCAGCAUUGAUCUAUUGAAGUUACUGUAAAAGUCGUUUGUGUUGCAAUUUGUUUUGGGUUAUGUCAUAUUUUUACUGGACUUAUAUAGGGUUCAUACAAUACUUGGAAAGCCCAGUCUUUGUAAAGAUAGCUAAAAACCUCUAGUAGUAUUUAAUUGAACAAAUUGAAAAAAAUAUGAAUGUAGUCCCAUGUACUCAACUUGAUGAUGCAACCAAUAAAGGUUAUUUCAAUCUCUCUUUUAAACCUGAACAUAUGUAUAAUCAUUAAUGCGAGAAUUCUAAUACAUGUUUUUUAGUAUUCAAAAAAAUGAAAUAGAAAAUGUCCAGCUUACUACCUUGAAUUGAGAACUAAUUGUACUCUUUUUGAAAUAAAUAUACUUCUGCCAUAUUUUUCAUUAAGAAAUCCUGUAUUCAAAAUAUCUAAGUGCUUGAUGCUAGGCAGAAUAGUUGGUCUCAAUGUUCUGAGAUUUUUAAAAAUUGUAUUUUACUCUGCAAGACAGUACUACUUUUGUCCAAUUUCACAGAACUACGAUUGAAAUUAGUUACUAACUCGUUGCAUCAAUUGUAUUUUAAUGAAAUGUACCACAUACUGUUGUGAUAAUGUGCAUUCUUACUCAUUUUGGAACAAUUUGUCACAUUGACCCGACUUUAUAUUCUCAUUCAUUUUGAUUAUGAUUUCUUGUUGAAUUUGCUAAACAUAUCAAAUGAAAAUGAAUUUGAAGGUGAUGAACAAAAGAGAACAAACGAUUUUAUGAGAAAUUCAUGUUCUUUCAUUGUUGAUUUGAAAUAUCUUUUAGUGCCAACAAGUACCAAGCAAAAUGAAGAGCUUUGUACAUUUGUGUGAGAAAUUUUUCGCAGAAUAUGAACAGGAUAGUUAGAAAUCUUGAAGAAUCAUCAGCAGUAAAUAAUGAGGUACAUAAUUCCGAAAGAAAAGUAAUCCACUAGGAGGUUCACAUAUUACAUUGAAUGGAUUUGGAUUUUGAAAUUAGACAUAUUAUUACAAUUAUCCAUUAACAAAGAAGUUUUUUAAAUGUUAUGGUACCUUAGAAUAAUGCUGGUUAAUCUCAAUGAAUAUGCAUGGAUUCAAUGAAAACUGUUACAAGCCACUGAAAUCCUAGUAUCUGAUUUGUUGAAAGCAAAAAUAUAUCAGUAAAAAGAAGUAAUCGCUUGCAAAGUAUUUCAUUAAACGCUCGCCAAAUGGCACAAGGACAAAUAUAAUCUCAUUACAUCCAGUUAUAACAGCUGAAGAUUUGAAGUUGUGUUUUAUGGACAUCUCAAAUUACGGUAUUCAUACCAGAGAUAAUAACUUGUCACAUAUCCUCUCUCAAAACCCUCACAGUCGAUCAAAAAUAAGGCUUUCAGUGGCUUACUACAAUUCAUAUACCAUUAUGAUUGACAAGUUUUGUGAAACAUGACCCAUGCUUGUGACCAGUGAUCUUUGUUCCGCAUGGAAGAUGUUCAUAUAUUGUUUGUAUUCAAUCAGAUGGGGGGGGGGGUGAAGAUGCCUGAUAUUGGUCAACGCCUACCGUUAGAUUUAGAGUGACAUUAAUUGUCAGUUCAUAUUAUUGUAUACAAGAAUAAUGAAUAAAUGCAACAGCUAUUUCAUGAUUGGA